AUGCACGUAUUAAUAACGAAUGAUGAUGGUCCAUUACACGAUCAAUUCUCACCUUACAUAAGACCAUUCAUCCAAUACAUCCUAUCCACAUACCCUGAAUGGCAAAUAACUGUAUGUGUUCCUCACACUCAAAAAUCUUGGAUAGGUAAAGCUCAUCUGGCAGGUAAAAACCUAGUAGCACAAUUCCUCUAUUCCAACUUGAAUUCAAAUGAUAAUAAAUUUUGGGGUCCCUUCAAUCAACCUCAAUUAAAAUCACGUUCCACCUCUAGGAACGAUGAAUUCCCUUAUAUCAAUAAUCCUGAAAUUCCCAAAAAUGCAAUCGAAUGGAUAUUAUUAGAUGGUACCCCUGCAUCAUGUGUAAAUAUUGGAUUACAUUAUUUAUCAAAGACUGAAUUUGAUCUCGUAAUCUCUGGUCCUAACGUUGGUAGAAAUACAUCAGCUGCUUAUAUUACAUCUAGUGGGACUGUGGGUGCCGCAAUGGAAUCCAUAAUUUGUAAUGAUACUAAGGCAGUUGCUUUAUCUUGGGCUUAUUUCGAUGGGAGGAAAAUCGUUCCUUUGGAAUUAAUGAGGAUGGCUUCCAAAAGAUCAAUGGAUAUCGUUAAUUUUCUUCUAAAGAAUUGGGAUGAUGAAACGGAUUUGUAUAGUAUUAAUGUUCCCUUGGUGGAUUCAUUGAAUGGUAUGACCAAGGUGAGGUAUGCUCCUGUGUGGGAGAAUAGAUGGUGUGCUAUAUUUGAUGGUCCUGAAGUUAAUUUACCUAGACAUGAUGAAGAUGUGGAAGCAGGUGAAGAAUAUAAUACUAUUUCUUUUAAAUGGAAUCCAAAUUUUAAAGGUCAUAAUGAUUCCAAGAGAUGUAGCAAAGAUGAUCCAAUUCAUGAUAUGGGUACUAUUGAAGAGAGGGCAAUUUCGGUAACUCCAUUAAGAGCUACUUUCAAAGGACUCGAUCAUCUAAUUGGUGAACUAAAUAUAAUUGAACAAAAUACAAAUGAGAACGAUACUGUCGUUGCAAUUACAAUUGAUCCGAGUGAGUAUAUACACAAUCCAUUGAUGAAUGCCAUUAAGAAAUAUUUACCUAAUGUUAAAAUUGUUAAUGAAUUGCCUUCAUCAAAUGAGAGAAAGAAGAUAAAACGGUUAUUCCAAUAUGGUGAUUAUGAACAAUUAGAUGUGGAUAGAUUAUUGUUAUCUGAUGGGAAGUUUUAUUUUGCAAAUUCAUAUAUUUAUAGGAAGGCUUUAAUUAGGAAACAUUAUUUAUCUCAUACUAUUCAAACAUACACUGUGAAACAUCCAGAUAGUAUUCUUAAAAGGGCAUUUCCUGAGUCAUAUACGAUAGAUUUAGAUUAUGCGGAAUUUUUAGAUGAUUCAUUGGAUGAAAAUUGGGAAUUAAGACAAGAAUUAGAGAGGGAAAAUAGAUGGUGGAUUGUUAAACCAAGUAUGAGUGAUAAGGGUCAAGGUAUAAGGGUUUUCAAAACCAUUGAUGAUUUACAAGCUAUUUUUGAUUCGUUUGAUGAUGAGGAAGAAGACGAAGACCAAGAUGAUGGAAAUGAUGCUGGAUUGAUUGAUGACAACAAGAUUAUCAUAUCUCAAUUACGUCAUUUUAUUAUUCAAGAAUAUAUGAGCAAUCCAUUAUUAUUACCAUCAAUGGAUAAUAAAAAGUUCCAUAUACGUUGUUACAUUACUUGUAAAGGCGAUUUAGAAGUUUUCGUAUAUGAUAGAAUGCUAGCAUUGUUUGCACCAACGUCAUAUACUUCUUUGGAAGACAACGAGUAUUCUGUAACAAAUUUGAAUAACUUACAAUGUCAUUUAACAAACACAUGUUUACAAACAAAGAAUGAAAAUAAAGAUUUGUCAGUCAUGGAAUUUGAUAAGUUAUCAGAUAUUAGUGAUGUAAAUAAGAAGCAAAUAAAGGAACAAAUACAUGAAAUUACUCAUGAUCUUUUUUUAGCGGCAAUCAAUGCUAAUAGACUUAAUUUCCAACCAUUAAAAAAUGCGUUUGAAACUUAUGGUGUUGAUUUCUUAGUGGAUUCUAAUUAUAAUGUGAAACUUUUAGAAAUUAACGCGUAUCCUGAUUUUAAACAAACUGGGCAAGAAUUAAAAGGAUUAAUUGAUGAAUUAUUUGACAAUAUUGUUAGCAAAUGUAUUUAUCCAUUUUUAUCUGAUGAUCAGGAAGAGAAACUUCAAAAGCAAUCAUUAAAUGAGAGUGGUAAUCUUGUUCAAGUGUUAGAACAUACUUCAAAUGACUGGUGA